CCACCAGCCCUCCGUAGGAAAGCUGCUGCUUUGUUGACAUCUUUCCCCUCUCAUCAGCUGACUAGCCACAAGUUAGCUUGUCAGUUCAUGAGCAUCUUAGCACAAACAAGCCCUCAGCAUGACAUUAUGCUGCCAACACUGCAGCCAGGCCGCUCCCAAAUCCCCAAAACAGUUUACACAUUUUUAGACAACCAUUAGCUCGCGAUGGGGGUUAUUUCCUAACCCGCUGUCACUCGACAGAGAGCGGACGCUAGCUAGUUAGCAGCUAGUUAGCAGCUAGUUAGCGUGCUGCUUCAGUUAGCUAGCCUGCAGAGCAACCAUGGAGGGGAUUCUGUACAAAUGGACGAAUUACAUGACAGGCUGGCAGCCGCGCUGGUUCGUCCUAGUGGAUGGAGUCCUGUCCUACUACGACUGCGAGGACGACGUCGGGAAAGGAAGCAAAGGAUCCAUCAAGAUGUCCGUGUGUGACAUUAAAGUUCAUCCGACGGAUGCGACGCGCCUGGAGCUGAUCAUCCCUGGCGAGCAGCACUUCUACGUCCGAGCGGUGAACUCUGCAGAGAGACAGCGGUGGCUGGUGGCGUUGGGCUCGUCUAAGGCUGGUACCCUGGACAGCCACAAGCACAGAGGUCCAGACUGUCUGAAGACGAAGAUGUCUGAACUUCGGCUGUACUGCGACCUCCUUGUCCAGCAGGUCCAAACGAUCCAAUCACAGCACACGGCUGACACAGAGGACCCGCCCACCUCGGAGGUGACCCCUCUUCCUCUCCUGUUGACCCCAAACUCAUUUAGUCGCAUCCUUAUUUCCACAAAGUUAGACUUUUUCUAUGUUUGUAGGUUUCGUUUUUAG